AUGCCUAAAUUUAAUUUUUUUCCUAAAGUAAAUUUUUUAGCUUACGUAAAAAAAAUUAAAAUAAAGUAUAAUCCUUGUUCUACUUAUAAUGAUAAUUGUAGAAAAUUGAUUCAUCAUAUUGAAGCGAAACAAAAAAAAGAUAAAUUUCUUAAUUUAGAAUACACAUUGGAAUUAAUAGAUUAUAAUGAAGAGCCAUUAAUUGAAAUAGAAAUGCAAAAUUCCAAAGUUUUUAAGUUUAACCCAGAGUACUAUAAUUUAUUAGAAAUGCAAAGAGUAAUCGACAAUGAUCAACAACAACUUCAUCAAAAUUUCAUGAGAACAAAUUUAUUAGAAAAUCACGAAGAUUCUUUUUAA